GAGCCACCGUAGAUAUGUGUGUAUCCCCUGAAGACUCAUGAAUGCUCCUCACAUUAUUAUGUGUAUGAAGUUUACGUGAUCUCAGGCUGUACUGACCAUUGUAAACAGAAGACGUGUGCGUGAAUGGAAGGUGUACAUGAGUUUACAGCUCGCGAUAUUCCAGUUCCGGGUACUGAUGACUUUUAACUUGUCAAAAGAGAAACUUGAGAUGUUUAUAUAAGGACCUAAGACUUCAAAACAUAUCCGACGGCUCUAUUCUGCUUGAUUGCGAAUAGCGAUGCCUUUCUCUAUAACUUGGUUUCGUGUUUCUCGAAGUAAACAAAACUAACUUUCCAGCAGUGAAGGUUUGGAUCGUCGAGCUCAGCAUGGAUCGUCAGACGCUUCUGAACACAGACAUUUGCAUUUCUAAAGUCCUGCAGGGUGUUGGGAUUAUGUGGCAGAGAUUUAGUAAACCUUACCGUAUUGAAUGUAUUUGACUGCACUCGGAUGAAGUCAUGAGCCGUCAAGUGAUCAUCCUGUCUGGACUGAUUUGUCUCUGUGUGACACGGUGUUGCCCUUCCAGACUGACACACUGCGACAAUGGCAAGACAAAUCUGGUCACAGACCUACCAGGACCUGACGAGCUUUUGUGUCGAGAGCUUUGGCAACAGUCACAAACGAAUAUGCCUGAUAUUGACACAAAACAUACUAUAAAGGCUGCUGAUUACAUCUGUAUGGACACACCCAUUACAUACAAUAACCGCAUACCCACCCAUGGUCCUCACCGGCCUGUUGAGGCAGAGAGCGGAGAGUAUCUUUACUGCCCCCCUCAGCGAUGGCUACACAACCUCAAAAAUGGAGCGCUGGUGUUUCUGUAUCACCCAUGUGUCUCAGCGGAAGCUCACAGGAGUUUGGCGGGGUUGGCUAACUCGUGUCUGUCUCAUUACAUCCUCACACCUCACCCCUGGCUCAGCCAACACAGACCUUUAGCGGUGGUCUCGUGGGGUCGCUCACUAGAGAUGUCUCGCAUCACGCUGGGGGUUUGUGAUUGGUUGUUUACCAUUUCCUCCAAUAUUAGUCUAGCUAAUACAAGCCAAAGAGCAAAGUACAAUCUAUAUUUGACAAAACCAGCACCUAUGGACAAACCAGAGAACACCAGUCAAGAGAUGUCCGAAGUGGAGAGAUUAAAGUUCCUUAAAAAGUGCUGCAUGGAGACUCUCAGUCUCAUCGAGGUACAGAGGACCAGAGGGAGAACCAGGAAGAGUAGGAUGGUCGUCAAACAAUCCCUGGAAGAAGUGGAACUGAAAGAUGAUGUCAAACCAGAAACUGCUAAACUGAACCAUACAGACACGCUACUACAAAAUCAUACAAAAAGGAUGGCCUCCUUCUCAGUGCUAACUGUUACACAAUCUCUCAGUUCUGCAAAGGACUCUAAGGAGCCUGGAGACAGUUCCACAGACAAAUCAAAGACAACUGAGAAGCAGUUUCCACAAAAUAAUUUGACUGAAAGACAUAAAUACCAAACAGACAGAAAAACACAUAAGAAAACUAUAACAGAAGUUAAGAAGCAUCGCAUUAAGACUGACACAAAGGCUCAGAGGUCUGGAUCUGAAUGCGGGGAGCUUGGACAAUGUGGAAUCUCAGACUCCUCAAAGCCUCCUCAUUUAGGAGGGCCGCUGAAGGGCGAGAGGAUACCCAUACAACGUACAGAUGAGGCCGUGUGGGCAGCAGGUGCUUUGGGAUUCCUCUUAGUGCUCCUCACCCUGUCUGUGCUCCAUACACGCCUCUAUCGCCACUGGAGAUCUUCAACCAGUCUCUACUGGCACGACAACCAGCAAGACUAUGAGAGUGUGGGUGACAUCAUCCGGCGGAGGCUUAGGAUGGUUGGCCGGAGGAAGCGGAGGAGUAGCCAGAAAAGGAGACAGGAAUGUCCACUGCUGUCUAACUCCAGCAAUGAGGAGAACUCUGACUAAUGGACAGGAUUAGUGAACACUAGAAAAUCUUACAAACUAUGUUGGAAUAAUAUGGACCUUUUUAUGAAGCUAGGGAUAACUUUUGUCCACAUUUUUUGUUUUAAUGAAACGUAUGUAUGGAUGAAGUGCUGCACAAUAAGAUCACUAACAUGCAUUUAGAAAAUAGAUAAGAGUGAAUUUCCAUUUCAUGCUGACUCAUAUAAAGGAAUGUGGAAUGAUUUGGUCACACUACAGCAUUUGUUUCCUGCUUAGAUAUUACUUUUUCUCAUGGUAGGUUUCUUAAAUGCAGUGAUCAUUUACUCACCCUCAUGUUGUUCCAGACCUGAAUGACUUUUUCUUCUGUGGAAUACAAAGGAAGACAUGUUUUAGUGGCUAUUUAUUACAUUCCAAAGAGACAUUUCCCAAAAUAUCUUAUUUUAUGUUCUAUGGAGGAAAGAAAGUCAUAUACGGGUGAGUGUUUUUUUUUUUUUUUUUUUUAGGUGAACUUCAUUGCAGUUAGAAGCCUCUGGAUGAAAAAAUGACGCAUAAGGUAUCUUACUCUAUAGCACCGUCUGUUGGUGAGAAUGACUGUGAUUUAUGUGUCACGUGACUUGACACAAGGAGAUGGCAGUAGAGAGUUCUCCAGUUCCAUUAGCACUCUGUGAAUAGUUUAAAUUAUGUAACUGCGCUGGAAGUUGAGCAAAUGCUUUUUCAUGUGUAGCAUACUAAUUGCAUUGGUCGGAUCCAUACUAAAAUAGUGGAGAAGAAAAUAUAGACAUUAAUUCAGAUCCUGUUUGGGUUAUAAACUACAUAUUUUGUAUUAAUAACCUUGAUUCUCAGAUUAAAAAGCGCUCAAAAUGAACAUAGACUUUGAAGUUAUAGGUGUAGGCCAAAUGAGUUCAAUGUAAUCAAUCUGCUAAUGCGAUGUUGUGGUAAUUGUGUUUAAUAUAUUUUAUGUACUUAAUUUUUUUUUCUAGGUCACAUUUUCCCCGAAUACUGUCUGAAAUCAAAUUUAGUAGCCUUACAAAUCAGUAUGCAAACAAAGCACUUUUUUUUAAUGCAACCUCAAAAUGUUCAAAUCUUCCUUUAAAAUAUAACCAUGAAUCAGUAAUCAGUUUUCAUACAUAUUUUCACACUUUUAAAUGAGACAACAAAAUUUUUAUCUAUUUAUUCUAAUGUAAUUUGACCACGUUUUGUCUAGAAAAAUGUCUAAUUUGCUUUUUAUUCACAGUUUAACUUGCCGUCAAAGCUAAAAUAAUGUAAUAGCAUUUAGUAUUUAUACUAUUUUAUUUUUAUUAAUUUUUAGGUAUUUUAAGAUCACACUGAAGUCACAUUACUCCAGGUUGCAAUCAUUUGUCACUGAAGGAUUAAGGCAAAAUACUCAUCUUUUUAAGCAUACAUCCUCAUCCUAUGUCCUUCUCACCCCUCCACAUAUUUGAUCUCCUAGUGGUUUUUCUGAAUCCUAAACAAAGCAGUUACUGUUCAACAGAAUUAACCAUAUGAUUGCCUCAAUGAUAACCAGGGUCAUCUUAUGCAAGUGUGAGUGGUUGUGAAUUGUGCAAUGGAAGUCAUUUGAAAGCAAAAUAAGGAAUGCAAUGCAAUUAGUGGAUCAUUGGCUUUCGGCUAUGUAUUGUGAAACCAUAGCAGAAAACAAGAGAUGCCAUAGAAACAAAUGAAGUGAGCUGUUAAAGAUGUAUAUGUGCUACAUAUUUGCUCAUUAAAGCUUCCAAUCCAGUUUAUGAA